AGAGAGGUUUGUUUUGUUCAUGUGUGGAGAGGUGGCUGCAGUCAGUGAUGAUUUUACAACACGCUGUCUCCUGCUGUUUAAAGUAUUUAGGCUGGGAUGAAAUGUUUUCUAAUAAUUACUGAUUUUUGUGUUUGUUUAUCACCUGCACAGAGUUCCGUGAAAAGGAAAGCAUCCCUUUUCUGUGUUGAAUUACACACACAGAGCGGAGCGCGUCAGUCGCAGCUACAGACAAGUCGAGCUUUUCAAUGAGAUGAUUUACUGAGAAACAAACGCGUUGAAGCUCCAGCAGAGCUCUGCGCGAUUCUGAAAGACCAAAGCAAAGUUACUCCUUGCAAAGCCUGUUGUUUGUGUGCUUUCUUUAUCACACCAGAAGAAGUGAUGAAUAUAUUUGAAUGGGAAGGCUACAGUUAAAAUUAAAUAUUAGUAAAUAAUAUGAAAAGAGGAUUCCGCUACUAGACCAGUGUGAAACUCAAACCAGUGAAGAUGGACGGCAGCGUGUCCGUGUCGCUCUUUCAAGACGAUCUCGCCUCGACCAUCGAGCACGCAGUGAAAGCGGCUCUACACACCGUCUUGUGUGCGAUUACUAAAGCUGUCGGCAGCAAAUUCACUGAAUUCAGAGUGGAAAUGGCUGGAAAGGAGAAAGAGAAUGAAAGUCUGAAGCUGAGAUUGGAAAUAUCAGAGAGCGAGCUGAAAGCUGUGCGAGGGUGUAUAAACGCUGCAGAUGCAGACAUUAAACAGCAUUUAAUAUUUCAAGAUCCCAAAGAGAGCCACGCUAUCCCUGAAUCUGAAGCACAGGAGUGGCCAAAGAUAGAAGCAGCUUACACACAAGAGGAGUCCUUUGAGCAGGAGUGGUGUGCAAGUCUAAUGCAGGUUACAGAGCUGGCAUGUGUUAAAGAUGAAGAGGUCCCUCAACAGGAAUGUGUUCCUAUUAAAGAGGAAUUCAUAGAGCAGGAAUGUGUCCCCAUCGCAGAGGAACUUCCCCAUGAAAAUCAUGUCUGUACACUUGAGGAGAACAACAAGCUGGGAUCCAACCUGUGUGAUGACUCUCCAUCUGAAUGUGAACUGGGAUUCAGAGCUUCUAAAGUAGAUGAAGGAGAACACGACUCCACUCUAUCACCCCAGUACAAAAACUCUCCUAGAGGCAAACCACAGUGCAAGAAACACAGAGAAACGACACCCCAAGAAGAAAAUGUGAAGACAUUGAGAACUCACUCAGUUACAAUCCCUUCUUUACAAGACAGACACACACUUACUGUAGAGAGUACAGAGAUGGCACAUCCUGCAUGUUUUAACAAUUCUGAAACCCAGGGCAACCUGAAGACCUUACCUCAUUCUAUUGAAGGUGGGAAGAGUUCCUGUCAAUUAGACGCUCCUGAAACUCACAAGGGAAAUCCCACAGGAGGGACUACGUUUUCCUGGGCUGAUUGUGGGAAGAGUUUCAAUCAUAUAUCACUGUUUAAAAGACACCAGCGCAUUCACACAGGAGAGAAACCUUCCCACAUACAGACCAGUGAUAAGAGUUUCACACAGUUAGGAAAUCUUCAUUCACACCAGCACAUUCACAUAAGAGAGAAACCUUAUCACUGUACUGAGUGUGGGAAGAGAUUAAGUAAUUUAGGAAACCUUAAAAUCCACCAGCGCAUUCACACAGGAGAGAAACCUUAUCACUGUUCUGUUUGUGGGAGGAGAUUCAGUGACUUAGGAUCCCUUAAAAGGCACCAGCGCAUUCACACAGGAGAGAAACCUUAUCACUGUGCUGUUUGUGGGAAGAGAUUCAACCAGUUAGGACACCUUAAAAGACACCAUAACAUUCACAUAGGUGUGUAAUCCUAUCCCUGCACUUAGUGUGAAGAAGUGAAGUCAGUUGCAGACUCUUACAGGACUAGAGAACAUUCUCAGAAAUGCAGACACUUGGGGACAACUAAACAACAGGAGUGCAUUUGACUAAAUACAGAAAUAUUAACUGAAAACAGAAGUGGCUUGAUAAAUCUGGUCACCCCUAAUCACAAUUUGUUCAGAUCAAAAACUCACCAAAAUCUGUGUUCAUCAUGUUGUUGAGCAUUCUGAUUGUGUUACAUCACAUUAGUAAUAUAUUAAAUAGAUUGUUAUUAGGAGUGCAAGUUUCUCUUUUUCCUCCUGCACUGCUCAGCCUCUUGCAGUGUGUUGUGUGGAAUCUUCCCUGAUACCAUGGUGAAUCUGCGGUACCUCAAGACGCAGCACAGUAUACCACAGUUAUCAUGCGGGCAGCUUGAAGUGGAAAAUCAAUACUGUUUCCAGCAGGGUGCGCCAGAGAGCUUUUAGCACUUUAAUGGGCUGCAUACCAUUGCUUCUUAACAAGGUGAUUUCUGCUCCCAAUGUGUUGAAUAGUCCCCUCUCUCUCUAGUACUGGUCUCUCUGCUGUGCUUGAAAGAGUGACUACAGUUAACUUCAACUUUUUAAAACCUUUAGUCUCCUCUAGUCUUUUUUUUUGUUCCAGACUGAAUAGAUUUAGUUCCCUCAACUGUUCUCUCAACAUAUUUAGGGUUGGUUGAGUGUACAAGGAAAACAACUGACUCUGGAGAGGAGUUACCAAUCAAUGCCAGCACACUGGAGAUCCAGAAUUCAGAACACAGAACCAGGGAGGACAUUCGGCCCAUCAGUGCAGCAGCUGAUUGAUCUCAAACCUGUUAAGUCGGGUCUUAAAGGAUCCCAGCCCUAACAACAUGACUUGGUAACCCAUUCCAUCCCCUCACCACACUGUGUGAGAAGGUGUCUCCUACCCUCUGUCCUAUGGCUAUCCACACUUAAUUUCCAGCAGUGUCCUCUGGCCCUGGUGUCAGUGCUAUGCUUGAGGUAUUAGUUUGGGUUAACUUUAAGCCCUGGGAUUAGUCUUCACCUUUAUGAUUGCUUCCUCGUUGUUGGUAGAAAUGAGUCUAUCACAACACCAAGGUCUUUCUCUCACACCCACUGGGUAUUUCAAUCCUACUUCUUUCCUACUAAAAAGAGACUUGGUAAUACAAUUGUGAAAUGUUUCAAUAAGAAACAUGCACUCCACACCGUACAACAGCUGACUGAUUUGCUAAUGAAAGAAGCAGCUCAACCACAACACCUGGUAUAAUGAACAUGUUUGUGAGCUGAGUGUUUGCAGUACUGUACUGUAGAUAUGAAAUUCCAGAGAAUGCUUCAUUCUGCAUGACUGAUAACUAAUCAUUCUAUUGCCUUUAAUACUGUAUAUGGGGCCACGUGUCUGCACCUGCUGAUCCCAGCACUGAUCCUGCUCUGUGUUAAGAGAACAAUGGAGAUCACUGACACUGUGUCAAUAGAUUUGGAUCAUAGGGUA